AUGAAUUUAGCGACCCGAAGGAGAGAUUGCAGAACCUCUCGUCUAGACACAAAGAGAGCUGUAGUUUUGUGUAUUCUGCUUUGCUGUACUUAUUCACUGGGACAUACACAAGCACUCUCUGAAGAUGUGGAUGUGUUACAGCAGUUGGCAUUGCGUGGAGAACAAGGCUCACGUUCUGUUCCCCAUGGUGUCAUCUCACUCCGCUCUGGAGUCAUCCUCACACCGAGGGCCCGGGUCUCUACGGCAACACGCUCCAUUUUCCCGCCUGGAAUCUCAUCCGGCUGGAACGCCACCAUCCUCCUGAGUGUGCGUUCGCAUAGACUCAACUCUGCAUUUCUGUUUUCAGUUUUGUCCGGCCAGCGGCUACAGCUGGGUUUGGAGAUCUCACCAGGUCAGUUAACGGUACACACCGGUCCCAAAAACUCCGUUGGCUUUCAAUUUGACCUUCACGAUGGCCGUUGGCAUCACUUCGCCCUUGCUUUGAGCGGGCGCACAGUGACCCUACACACAGCCUGUGGGCAGAACGGCGUGAGUUUGGAACUUCCAGCACCGCCUGUGCAUCUAGACCCGAAUGGGACCUUCCAGUUGGGCCGUGGCAUACCAGGCACAGCAGCCUUUGAGGGCGCAAUCUGCCAGUUAGACGUGGUGCCAUCCGCAAAAGCAGCGCAGCAUUACUGCAGCGCCAUUCGGAAGCAGUGUAGAGACAAUGACACCUACAGGCCAGCCCUGUCCGCUCUACUGUUACCACUGCCACCUCACCCUACCCCACCGCUCUCAUCCCAAACCCCCACACUCAAUCAGACCCUGCCCCCUGUCAACCUGCCCUGGACACUUCUGGACAGAGGUAGCCUUAGUGCUGUGAGAAAUGACAUUGUUGGUGGGACAGGUUCAAAACCCAAGGCUUUGCCUACCACUAGUCCACGUCAUUCACCAAAACAGGUGGAGUUCAAGACCACCUUCACCACCCCCACGCUAACUCCGAGAAUGUCCAAGGUACCCACCCUAACAAAGAAACCCAAACCGACCACUUACACUAAGCCUGCUGGAUCCAAACCCACCAUCUCAAAACCCAUAGUAUCCAAACUCACAGUAUCCAAACCCACUGCAUCAAAACCCACUGUAUCCAAAUCCACUUUGUCAAAGCCUGUAGGUUCUAAACACACCGUCUCAAAGCCUGCAGGGUUUAUACCCACUGUCUCAAAGCCUCAAGUGCUCAAGUCCACUGGGUCAAAAUCUACUGCUUCCAAAACCAGUCCAGUCAAACCUCUCUCUAAAUCCAUGAUCCCCAAACCCACAGUAUCCAAACCUACUGUAUCCAAAUCAACUGGUCCCAAACCCGCUGGACCAAAAGCCAUUGGACACAAACCUACCCCAGCAAAACCCUCCUCUGCUAAACAAACGACCCUAAAAUCCACACCCCCAAAUCCCACAGUCAGGUCGACUCUGACUAAAUCUGGGCCUCCUAAGCCCACUGCAAGUUCCAAAAAAAAUCCUGUGAAGGUCUCCCUUGCUGCAACACCCUUUGCAUCUACUGCCACCAAGAGGCGAGCUGAGCCACUGCAGAAUGCUUCAUCGGAUCAGGCCUUAAAAAGACCAACUCUUAUGCCCACCAAGAAGCCGCCCAAGCCUCAAAGCAAUACUGCACGCACCCCCAGGAACACUGUACCUAUGCCCAGUACCACCCCACCCAUUCCCAUCAUUCCAUGGUCCUCCAGCAAAAGCCUGCCAAUCCUCAAAACCGCCUCCCGAACUCCCAAAACUCCCAUUACCACACAAACUCCCAGUUUACUCCUUGAGGUGGAGACACUCCCAGAUGAAGGCAGAUUUCAAAGCUUUGCUGCAGAGCCAACAGAGUUUUUCCUACUGAUGGGACCUCCAGGGCAGAAAGGAGAACCAGGCCCUCCGGGAAUUUCAGGACCUCCAGGGAAACCAGGCCUGCCGGGGAAGGAGGGACCAAGAGGACCACCUGGACCACACGGUAACCCAGGACGUCCAGGCCCACCUGGACCAAAGGGUAAAAAAGGAGACCCAGGCAUCUCUCCGGGAAAAGCACCUAAAGGAGAGAAAGGGGAUCUUGGUAUGAUUGGUCCAGUUGGGCUAGCUGGUCCAGCUGGCCAACAGGGACAGAAAGGCCAUCCUGGUCCACCUGGCCUCCCAGGAGAGCCAGGGGAGCAAGGUCCUGAUGGAAGUACAGGUGCCAAAGGUUACCCUGGCAGGCAGGGUUUACCUGGUCCCAUAGGCCCUCGUGGACCAAAAGGCGCUCGGGGUUUCAUUGGAAUUCCUGGGCUUUUUGGUUUACCUGGACCGGACGGCGAAAGAGGUGUUCCUGGUGAUCCAGGGAAGAGGGGCAAGAUGGGUAGGCCGGGUUUUCCAGGAGACUUUGGUGAGAGAGGACCACCUGGACCAGAUGGAGAACCAGGGGUUAUUGGGGCCCCAGGUCCCCCUGGAGUACUUGGCCUAGUUGGUGACAUGGGACCAGUGGGUCCAACUGGUUUGCCAGGGCCUAGUGGACUUAAGGGUGUGCCAGGGAAUGCUGGUGAGCCAGGACUGAAAGGUGAUCAGGGUGAUGUAGGGCUUCCUGGGGAGAAAGGAGAAAUUGGGUUCCAAGGGGACAAGGGUAUCCAAGGGUUGCCAGGGUUACCAGGACCACCAGGGAAGCCUGGUCCACAGGGUAGACCAGGAGAGAGAGGUCCUGAUGGGAUACCUGGCCCCCCAGGAGCAGAGGGUUUCCCUGGAGAUAUUGGACCACCAGGACAGAAUGGCCCGGAAGGUCCGAAGGGUAAGCCUGGUGUCAGAGGUUUACCAGGACCUCGUGGGGCACCUGGACGGGAGGGAGACGAGGGGCCAGUUGGGCCACCAGGGCCAACAGGACUGGAGGGAAGAAUGGGAAGGAAGGGUUUUCCUGGAAUAAUAGGACCUGAGGGAGUGAAGGGGGAGCAAGGUGACACAGGAAAAGCAGGUCCUAUGGGAGAGAGGGGUCUUGUUGGCUUCAUUGGUGCCCCUGGAGAGGCUGGGAUAGCAGGAGAGAAGGGCGAUCGGGGUGAGGUGGGCUUGCCAGGACCUCCAGGAGAGAAGGGAUCAAUGGGACAUCCAGGACCCCCAGGGGAGACUGGCCCAGCUGGACCACCAGGAAAUCCAGGGCCCCCUGGAUCCCGUGGGCUCAUUGGCAUCCGAGGACCUAAAGGCAGACGGGGUCCCCGUGGGCCUGAUGGUCCAGUAGGAGAGAUGGGAACGGAAGGAAAGAAGGGCUUUGAUGGUCCUCCAGGAAAACCUGGUUUCCCAGGAGGGCAGGGGAAGAUAGGGGAGCCUGGGGAAGUGGGACCAAAGGGCUUUCUGGGUCUUCAGGGACCCUCUGGUGCAACAGGAGAUAAAGGAAUAGCAGGAGAGCCGGGACCACCAGGGGCACCAGGAGCCUUAGGACCACUAGGUAACAUUGGACCGAAGGGUCCUCCAGGCAAACUUGGUGACCCAGGGCUACCAGGAGAAGCAGGGGAGAAGGGUGCUUUGGGGGCAGUGGGAAACGUAGGAGCACCAGGCUUGAUUGGACCCAGGGGAGAGCCAGGUCUGGAAGGUGAAGCGGGGCCUGCUGGACCUGAUGGCACCAAGGGUGAGAAGGGAGAUAUGGGGCCAGAGGGAGAGCAGGGCAUUCGUGGUGACCCUGGGAUCAAAGGCAAAGAGGGACCACCUGGGGACCCAGGACUCACUGGAGUCAGAGGUCCAGAGGGUAAACCUGGUAAAAUGGGCGAGAGAGGAAAACCAGGGCUGAAGGGUGCCAAGGGUAAUCAGGGUCACUUAGGAGAGACAGGCAUGAUGGGAAAAACUGGACCAAUGGGAUCAACUGGACCGAAAGGAUCGAGAGGAACAAUUGGACCUGUGGGUGCCCCAGGUCGUAUGGGGUUGCAAGGAGAUCCAGGAAUACCAGGAUAUGAGGGCCAUCAGGGGCCACAGGGUCCCAUGGGACCUCCAGGUCCUAAAGGUGAAAAGGGUGAGCAAGGAGAUGACGGGAAAGUUGAAGGCCCUCCUGGCCCUCCAGGACUUAGAGGUCGGCCAGGUGACAGAGGAGAAAGAGGCGAACCAGGAGAUCCUGGAUAUCCAGGUCAGCAGGGUGUCGAUGGACAGAGAGGCUCACCUGGUGCUCCUGGAUUACCUGGCCACCCUGGACCCCGUGGACUGCAGGGCCCUAAAGGAUCCAAAGGCGAGGAGGGUCAAAAAGGUAAACAGGGUCAGAGAGGAGAACGUGGAAGCAGAGGAACCCCAGGUCCUGUGGGGUUACCUGGCCCCCGGGGUGUAGUGGGUCGUGAGGGACAAGAAGGUAUUCCAGGUGUUGACGGCGUCCCAGGGAAAGAUGGCAGUAAAGGGAUUCCAGGAGACCAAGGGGAUGAUGGUGAAUUUGGCCCUCCAGGUAAACCCGGGGCUCGUGGUAAAGUUGGCAUGCCUGGGUUACCAGGAGACCAGGGUGCUUUUGGACCAAAGGGUGAAAGAGGUCUCCCUGGCCAGCCAGGUCCCUCAGGAAAGAGAGGCUUUAAAGGGGGAAUGGGUCUACCAGGGCCUCAGGGUGACCGAGGCCCCAAAGGACAGCCUGGUGAUGUAGGAGAGCCUGGGUUUCCAGGGAUUCUUGGGAUGUUUGGACCAAAGGGGCCUCCAGGAGACUUUGGACCAAAGGGUAUUCAGGGACCCAAGGGACCUCAAGGCAGCAUGGGCAGAGGUGGUGUUGUGGGCCCUGAAGGCAUUAUUGGCCCCAUUGGUAGUCCUGGUUCGAGAGGGGAUAAAGGCAGUAAAGGAGAAAUGGGAGUGCGUGGACCAAGGGGAGCUGCUGGACGUCGUGGUCCUCCUGGACCUCCAGGUCCUCCUGCUGUCCCUUUGUCCUUUAAACAGGACAUUCUUGGUGUGGCUCUGCCUGUGUUCUCUGACUCACAUUCCUCUCUCAAGACUGAGGGUGGUGGUGUGUUGGAGUUGCCUAUGUUAGAUCAGGCUCCUGAGAUAUUGCGGACGCUUCACUAUCUGAGCUCACUGGUGCAGAGCCUGAGAAACCCACUGGGCUCACGGGAUCACCCAGCACGCCUCUGCACAGACCUGCACCACUGCCAACACACACUCAACGAUGGCACUUAUUGGAUUGACCCAAAUAUGGGCUGCUCCUCAGACUCCAUAGAGGUGACCUGCAACUUUACAGGAGGCGGGCUGACUUGCCUUAGACCAAUCACAGUGGCCAAGCUGGAGAUUGGUGUAGGUCGUGUUCAGAUGAACUUCCUGCAUCUGCUCAGUUCGGUGGCAGAACAGCGUAUCACUAUCCACUGCUUGAACGUUUCUGUAUGGAGUCACAGUCACUCCGAACAGCUGUCCCACAAUGCAGUGCGGUUCAGGGGCUGGAAUGGAGAGAUGCUGGAACCUGUUGUGCUGGAAGACACCUGUUUGAACAAGGACGGACGUUGGCAUCAGGCUCGUUUCCUGUUCCGGGUUUUGGAACCUUACCUACUUCCUGUUGUCCAUAUUGCCAAUCUACCCGAAAGCACGCCCUCAGCACGCUAUCACCUGGAGGUCGGACCUGUGUGUUUCCUGUAA